GGAGCGGACCCAGUAUUGUGAGCUAUCGCAAAUAUCAGCCUUGAAUUACUUCUAACGGGGCAAGAGGACUCGGUCAAGGUACGAACCGAAGAUUACAUCGCAAGUCAUGGAAAUGGUUGAGGACUAUGUUAGCGGAAGUAAUAUGCAACGUCGUGACGCUCAGGACGUCAUAGAUGAAUUUAAUUGUGAACUAUCAAACAUGCGAGGAAAAUGUUUAGAUAUCGGUUCGGGUCCAGGGAACAUUACCAAGGAACUGUUACUUCCGAUCUUGCCACAUGAUGCGGAGGUAGUAGGCGCAGAUAUAUCCGAAGCGAUGGUGAAUUACGCCAGUCAAAAAUAUAAUGAUGAAAAACGAUUGUCCUUCGUUAUUCUGGACAUCGAAACAUCGGAAUUGCCAAGUGACCAAGUCGAGCAAUAUGAUAAUGCCGUGUCUUUCUAUUGUCUGCAUUGGUGUAACGAUAUAUGGCGCGCUUUACAGAAUAUUUACAAGUUACUGCGACCAAAUGGAAAAGCGCUUGUAAUGUUCCUUGGAUAUCAUUCUGGAUUCGAGGCAUAUCUACAACUCAAGCAGUAUCCACGAUAUCAAUCUUAUCUUCAGGAUGCAUGCCGUUACGUGCCGUACUUCCAACGAAGAAUGUGUAAAGAUGUCAGAGCGAGUCUGCGAAAAAUGCUUGAGGAUGUCGGCUUUGAAAUUCUGCACUGUAGCAAAAGGGAAAAAAGUUAUCACUACAGCAAACAAAGCCUCAAAAACCACGUGUGCGCUGUUAAUCCUUUUAUGAAGCGGCUCCCCGAUGAUAUGAAAAGCGAAUUUAUAGACAAUUUGCUAAAUGAAAUCAUGAACCAAAAUGUUCUGAUUCCGCUUAAAAGCAAAAGCAAAAGCAGCCAAGAAUACUUAAUAUUGCGAUAUUAUCUACUAAUAGCAUACGUACAAAAACCGGCAUCAGCUAUUUGA